UACUGCACACUUCAGUUACGGCACUGUUUUGCUUUGAUCCUUUAGCUUUAGAUACACUCUGAUUCAAAUACUAGGAUAUGAUAAAUAUGAUACAAUAGUGUUUACAUUCGUAAAUUAUCAUUCAAUAACAUAUGUCACGUGAAAUUUAACAAUCUUAAAGAAUUGUUAACGAUAGAAAUAUGGAUAUACCAUUAUUUAAUUCAGAAGUUAAAAAGCUAAGAAAAAAUAACAAGGAGCUUACAGCAGAACUUACUGAUAUAGAGAAACAGUAUAAAGAUGUUUAUAAGGUCGCCGAAGAUUGGCUCCGUCAUAUUUAUAUGACUUGCCAAAGACAGUUUGUGUUAUGGAGGUACUGGAACCUUAAGGAUAUGAUAAAGGAAUGCAUCGAGUUCUUGGAGCAUCCAGAAACGUAUAGGAGUGCAAUAAUUCCAGAAUACAUCACUGAAACAAGCGAAAAGCGAUUUGACUAUAAGGAUAUAGAAAAGCUGAAAACAAAAGAAGAAGUGGAAACUGAUAUUGAACUCAAAUUGGAGCGGAAAAAGGAACUCGAGAAAAGAAUAAGAAGACUGAAAGAAUUGGGAAUGAAAUAUCAAAUUUCUAAACAACACUAUCCACACAGGCGAUACGAGGAACUUAAAUCAAUCAUCAAAGAAAUCACUAGAGAUUGAUAAAAAUAUUAUAAGAAGGUUUCUCUCAUUUGUGCCAAAAUAAUUUCAUUUAAUUCAUGGUGAAAAAUCACAAAAGUCCAUGUUCAUCAACACUCUCGAUGUGAAAUUAAGACUUCGAUAUUUAUUUACUCACAAAUAUUUCUUUAUUGUGAUUAAAACAAAGUUUCAACAACAUUUAUUGUAUAAAAUUAUAAAAUCCGUGAAAAGAUCAUUUGAAAGCAUAGAACGCAACCAAGCAACAUAAUAGCAGACUCGGUUUGACUGAAUCUGUUCAUGAGAGGUUGUGAAAUAUGCAACACCCCUCAUGACCCCUGGCACCGGCUCAAGUGGAAUUCUGUUACAGUAAAAGAAGAGUGUGCUCCAUGAUCCCAAAGGACCAGAAAAUAUAACAACACUAAGUCCAAGCACGGGGAGACUUUUUACACUAUGUUGUAUCUUUAUUUUGAUUCAAAUACAAGUAGGGGUUUAAAAGAAAUGUUAGAAAUAUCCUCCGGUCCGUGCAUCCUACCAUUGUGGAAACGACUCAUGGUUUCAAACUUCCCGAGUGUUCUCGAAA